GCCCAUCCGUCCCAACCGCGUCAGUCGUCGCUUAACCGUGUGUAUGAACGCACGCCUUCGACCAGUUGCGCGUAACCAACCCCUGUCGACAAAUAGCCGGUAGUUCGAACGACAUAGAUGCGAGUGUUUAGUGAGGGCAAGUGAUCGUUACCAUGGGGACGAGGACGGUCCUGUGUCUCCUCAUCGCCAUACAAUUAGCAGGAAGUAUUCAAGCGCAGUUUCGACAAACAUGUGGUGCUGAUGACUUCCGUUGUUAUGAUGGGCGGUGUAUCGAAAGCGCCAGGGUGUGUGAUCGCGUCGCAGACUGCACAAACCAAGAAGACGAACAGAACUGCGAAUGUCGACCGGACGAGUUCCGCUGCCAAUCCGACGGCUUCUGUAUCGAAAGCAGAAAGCGGUGCGACGGUAUCAGCCACUGCAGCGACAACUCAGAUGAAUUAAAUUGCGCGACUGAAUACUUUAGAUGCAGAAAUGGGAAGAUUUUAGCACAGAGUAUGAGAUGCAAUCGCAAGUACGAUUGCGACCCGGGUGACUAUUCUGAUGAACAAAAUUGUCCAUGUGGUGUCGGCGACUUCAAAUGUGACAAUGGAUACUGCAUUCCCGCAUCCAAACACUGUGACAGAACGCAUGACUGUCAGGAUCGUUCCGAUGAACGCGGUUGCAUUUAUGGCACAAUAUGCAUGGCUUAUGAAUAUAAAUGCUCGAGCGGACAGUGCGUGAAAGCUGAUUCCUGGUGCAAUGGAACAAAGGAGUGCAACGAUGGUUCAGACGAAAGAAACUGCCCUUGCAGAAGGGACGAGAUUGAAUGUCGAGAUGGUACUUGUAUUAAUAUCGCAUUACGAUGCAAUGGUCGAAAAGACUGUCCUAAUGGGGAAGAUGAAUAUAACUGCGGUGAACCACGUUGUCCGGCUGAUAGCUUUGCCUGUACUGUGGACUCGAGAAUGGGAUGUGCGCGUCGCUGCGAUGGUAGACAGGAGUGUGACAACGGCGAAGACGAACUAGAAUGCACUGAAUGCAGCCACGAGUGCGACGGCAGAUGCUUGGAGGAUCACCUCAUUUGCAACGGAGUGCCGGAUUGUAGUGACUCGUCGGACGAACUAUCUUGCCCUACCUGCGAUAGCCUCGAUGAUUUCAGAUGUGCAAAUGGCGAAUGUAUAAAUAUCGCCCAUCGCUGCAACGGCCUAAACGACUGCUCCGACUUCAGUGACGAGAAGAAUUGCAAUAACACCUUGCCAUCAACAGAUGAAUGCAACGACAACCAGUUCCGUUGCCAGGACGGCACUUGCAUCGACAUCCAAUUCUCGUGCGAUGGCAACUACGAUUGUUUCGACAAUUCGGACGAAGACAACUGCCCUUGCAAAGAAAAUGAAUGGCAAUGCACAACUGGCCAGUGUGUUCCGUUCCAAGCGCGCUGCGACGGUUCAGUGGACUGCACGGAUACGUCCGACGAGCAAGACUGCGUGACUACCACGUGGAUCCCGCCAAUACAACCGCAAUCCACCACACGUUCACCCAUAAUCACAAUCCCACCAAUCAUAUACGCACCAACCACAGGAAACCCUAACCGCGAUCCUUAUGAACCCUCUACUCGUCUACCUAACUUGUAUCCAUCAACUUUUAGACCAGAAGAGUUCCCUGGUGGUGGUGGAUCCUCAGGAUCAGAUGGGUGCGCCUCGAAUCAAUGGCGCUGCGAAAACGGUCCUUGCAUUGAUUCUCGUCGACGUUGCGACGGUCGCGUCGACUGUCCCCGGGACAGCAGUGACGAGCUAGACUGUCCAUCCGACAGACAAGAUUAUACUGCGUUGAAAUUGAAGACAUACCCGAAAACUCAGACUGUACGAAACGCCUUCACUGGUGGAGACGUGGUCUUUCAAUGCCGUGAUGAGGGUCCCUUGCGUGCUCCCGUACGUUGGAUCAAGGAAGGUGGUAGGCCUUUCAAACCUGGCACCGUUGAUCGCAGGGGGCGUUUAGAAAUGACCAAAGUGUCGGUAUCGGAUAGUGGAGUCUAUAUUUGUCAAGCACCUGCAUAUGCCGGCUAUCCUGGCUCCGAAGCUCGAGUCACCUUGAUAGUUGAAAGCGCAUCUCAAGUGCCAAAGUUGCCUUUCACACCGUGCAAUUUCUCUGAGGCAACCUGCGGCAACGGACAAUGCAUUCCGAAAUACGCGGUCUGCGACGGCAAACCCGACUGCGAUGAUAGAUCCGACGAGGACUCCUGCAAUCUCAAUGGUCAAUGUGAACCGAACCAGUUCGUGUGUGACAACAAAAAGUGUGUGUUGAAGACGUGGUUAUGUGAUUCCGAGGACGACUGUGGUGAUGGCUCGGACGAGCGCGACUGCCGCGCGGAGCCCGGCCAAGCGUGCUCGGCCGUAGAGUUCGCUUGCGCCAGCAACCAGCAGUGCAUACCGAAAUCAUACCAUUGCGAUGGUCAUUUCGAUUGCCAAGAUAACACAGAUGAAAUCGGCUGUGCCCCGGUGCACGUGAAGCGUCCUCCGGCGCCAGCUAACGUGAGACUGAACCCUGGAGAGAGCUUGGUUUUGGUAUGCGAAGCGGUCGGCGUACCCAUGCCGCUCAUCUCCUGGCGGCUAAACUGGGGCCACGUGCCCCCUAAAUGCACCUCCACCAGUAUCGAUGGUGUCGGAACUCUUACCUGUAAUAACAUGCAGCCCGAAGACAGCGGAGCUUACUCUUGUGAAGCUAUCAACAGAAGUGGUACAACAUUCGCUGCUCCUGACUCCAUUGUGUACGUCAACAAAACUGACGUCUGCCCAACUGGAUUCUUCAAUAGCGAGGCGCGUUCACAAAACGAAUGCAUUCGUUGUUUCUGCUUCGGCGAGUCGAAUGUGUGCCGAAGCGCUGAUCUGUUCACGUACAACAUGCCGACGCCGCUCGGUGAAGGCGGCACCCGGCUCAUCGGUGUCACACAGACGUACACUGGCGAAGUGCAGAUAGCUUCACAACCCAUCACUGACCAGUACUAUUACCAGUCCAUGAGGAAUGGAGCUACUGUUACGAAACUUGAUCUAGCCUCAUGGUACAAGAGCCCCGACGUGCAGCCUUUCCUUACCCUACCGGAGACGUACAACGGCAACCAGCUCACGUCAUAUGGCGGACACAUUAGAUAUAACCUGUCGCCUCAUUCUACAAGAUAUAGCACCGAUAGCACACCUGACAUUAUCAUCAAGGGCAAGUAUCAGAGCCUGAUCUAUAAAUACGGUGGCGAAAUUUCACGUGGCUCAUACAUCGAGGCUCGUCUUACCCCUGGCAACUGGAUGAAACCUACCUCAAGAGGACCAGAACGUGCAUCUAGGGAAGAUAUUAUGAUGGCUUUGGACAACGUCGAAAUGAUCCUGCUCCGUGCCGGAAUCAAUAACGCCGGUGUCAAUAUCACCGAUUUCGCGAUGGAAUCAGCGCAGCACAUCAACGUGGGCCUCGGCGCUGCCAGUCUCGUCGAGGAGUGCACGUGUCCACCAGGAUAUGAAGGACUAUCAUGUCAGAAAUGCGCUGCAAAUUACGUACGAGUUAAGAACGGACCGUGGCUCGGCGAUUGUGUCCCGAAGAGGACUUGUCCAGAGGGCACAUAUGGCGACCCCAACAGCGGAUAUGAGUGCAAGCCUUGCCCCUGCCCGCUAACGAAUACUGGCAACAGAUUCGCAACCUCCUGUUCUAUAAGCUCCAACGGUGAAGUUACCUGCGAUUGCUUCCCUGGAUAUGAGGGCUCGCACUGUGAACACUGCGCGGCAGGCUAUAUCGGAAAUCCGCUGGUACCAGGAGACUCUUGUAAACCCGAGCCUACUGAUAACUGCCAUCCAGAAGGCACUAGCGUCGUCCGACCGCCUGACGAAUGCAUCUGCAAAGACAACGUGGAGGGACGCUUCUGCGAUCAAUGCAAAAAUGGCUCCUUCUAUCUCUCACAAGACUUCAGACAAGGAUGUGCUCUGUGCUUCUGUUCCGCGGUGUCUCAGCAGUGCACAAGCAGCACGAACCUACGCAGAAGAGCGAUCACUGUCAGCUUUAAUGUACCUAACGUUGUCAACCAAGUAAAAGUGUACUCCAGCGUUCCUUCCAGCAGUGCCGGUGCUAUCAGAUAUAACGCCCCAGUAGAAACGAAACUGCAACCAACUCUAUUACGAGGCGAGGUGAACUUACCAAGUGUUGAUAGAUCAAGACCUGCAAUCUACUACUGGAGCCUACCUUCCAGUUACGCCGGCGACAAAGUGACGUCUUAUGGCGGGUAUCUGAACUAUACCAUCAAUAACGUUUCACCUUAUGGAACGAGGAACAAUGCUGCGGACAUACAACUCAUAAGUGAUGUUACCUUCCACUACUUUGGUAACUUUGAACCAAAUAGCGACGGCACAUUAACUGCGAGUGUGCAGCUUUUGGAAAAAGGAUGGCAGAGACCUGACGGCAAAGAGGUGUCUCGUGAAUACUUCCUCUUGGCGUUAUCACAUUUGAAGACAAUAUUGAUAAAGGCGACGUAUAACACCAAUGAUGUAUCACCAAUUUCAACCGCGAGUCUUGAGAUCGCAGAGUCUAACGGCAAUGGACCUUUGGCCCUUCAUGUUGAACAAUGCGUCUGUCCCGAUGGCUACAUUGGUACGUCGUGCGAGAACUGCGCCCCUGGAUACACAAGGAGUAUGGAGAGAGGAUUCUACUUGAAGUUGUGCGAACCAUGCGAAUGCAACGGACAUUCCACAAUGUGCCACCCAGAGACCCGUGAAUGUUACGACUGUGCCGACAACACUGAUGGUCCCAGCUGCGAGAACUGUAAACCAGGCUAUGUGAAGGAUGCUUACGGCAACUGUGUUUAUGAAUCAUCAACGUCACCUUCAUGCUACUGUGAUCCACGUGGAGCGGAAGGUCCGUGCGACAAUUCAGGUUAUUGCCGCUGCAAGCAAAACGUGGAAGGCCAGUCCUGUGACCGCUGCAGGCCCGGUACCUUCGGCCUUGACUCCGACAACCCUCUUGGCUGCCAUUCCUGCUAUUGCUCAGGGGCUACUACUGAGUGCCAUGAAGCUACACACUACUCAAGAAUUCAGCUGGCAGCGCCAGUGUUCGGCGACAAGGUCGGCUACACUCUGAUGGACCUACAAGGCUCCGUGGUCAUCAACGAUCAGUUCGUCUCUGUACCUAUCGAGAGCGAGCUCAGAUAUGUCUUUACCAGGCCCCCGAAUCAGGACUUGUACUGGUCUCUGCCAGUCUUCCCAGGCAACAGAGUAUUAUCUUACGGCGGUACUCUGAUGCUCACUCAGAGCUUUGAAACCGGCGGUAUACCGGAUCAAGGCAACGCUGUUGUCAUCUUAGUCGGCAAUGCGAGAUCUAUUUCAUGGACUAGUCCCAACCCCAUACCAUCUGGUACAGCUGUGAGCUACCAAGUGCCUAUGCAAGAAAGUGGUUGGUACCUACUGAACACGCCGACCCCUGCCAGCCGUGAAGACUUCAUGUACAUACUCCAGGACCUCAAGAGGGUCCUCGUUAAGGCUACGCUGUCUCCUAACGUUGCCUCCUCCGCCAUCGCCGACGUCUCUCUGGACACCGCUUCUGAAAUAUAUAGCACUGGCUCUCGCCCUGCCAAGGGUGUCGAGAUUUGUAUGUGUCCGAAAGGUUACUCCGGAACCAGUUGUGAGACCUGCAGGUCUGGGUACUACAAGGAGCCAACAGGACUGUGCAAGCAGUGCAACUGCAACGGCCAUGACUGCCAACUCGGUGCCUACAGGGAGGUUGUAUGCAACUGCCGACCGCCGUACACCGGGCCCAACUGCUCCACCGUUGGUGGAGAGAACAAGAACGACACCUCGUUGCCACCACCUUCACAAUCGACGGUGUCCAUUAAGAUUGCAAACCCACAAAUAAGAAUUCAAGAAGUGGGAAGCUCAGUUAGAUUUAUAUGCGAGGCUCAAAGUCUGUACACUCACAAUGCGCUACGAGUUAACUGGACCAAGGUCGAUGGGUACUUGCCGUUAGAAAGAACCUACGUCGAUGCCCGAACUGGAGAACUUCUUAUUACGAACCUUCAGGUCACUGACAGUGGACAGUACAUCUGCCAGACCAGCGAUGGCAUAUCCACAGGACAAGCAAAAGCUACACUUAAAGUACCAGGCAAUCCUAUGACUCUGCCGAUCGUGGCGAUCAGACCUUCCUCUACUGAUUACUACGAAGGUGAUAGGAUUGAACUGGAGUGCCAGGUGUCGGGCAACCCCGCUCCCAGCAUCACCUGGCAGCGAGCAGCUAACAAGCCUGUGUACAGAGCUUCUCAGUACGACACCUUCUUCAUCAUCGAUAAUGCACUCGAAGAAGAUUCUGGAGAGUACAGGUGUAUUGCUUCUAACUCUAUGGGCUCAUCAGACAAGUCGGUCGUGAUCACAGUGCGCGCUCGCCCAUCGAGACCGGUUAGGGAGAAACUCACGGUGUCAGCCUCCGCCGCUAACCUCACCGAGGGCCAGAGCACGCGCAUCGUGUGCACGGGCACAGCCAAUGUGCCCGCCGGUACCAUAGAAUGGAUCAGACAAGAUGGUGCUCAACUAUUGGAGAAUGUGCGAUCAGACAACGGAGUUCUGUACAUCGACCGCGCGACCACAGAGAACCAAGGAAUCUACGUGUGCCACUCGAUAUCGACCGAGAUCGGUCCCGUGCCCAUCGUUGUCACUAUCAUACCUCUGAAUCCGCCCUCGCCCGGUGAAGCUUCCAACAUCACCGUCUCUGAGAAGAGUCUGAGGUUACACGCCGGAGCCAGCGGCUCUGUCGAGUGCAAUCCUACAGGAAACCCCCUGCCUUUGAUUAAAUGGACCAAAUAUCAAGACAAGUUCGGUGCCGGUGUCAGCCAACGGUACAACUCCUUGCUGGUCUCCAAUGCACAGCCGAGUGACGAAGGCUACUACGUAUGCGAGGGAUCUGUCAACGAUGAGACUAUCGGCAUCAUAUACGUUUAUGUUGCCGUUGAAAAGCGAGAGGCGCCGCGCGUCAGCGUUUGGCCGCAAGGAGAACAGGCGGUCGCGCUGGGUAGCCCGUUCAUGCUGAUGUGUCGCCUGCUGGCCGGUGACCCCGAGCCCGUUGUAACCUGGGAGCGCGCCGGCGGCCGCAGCCUAGCGCCACACGCUCACCUAGAGUCUAAUCACGUGCUCAAUUUCGAAAAGGUGGACGUGAAUGACGAAGGCGAAUACAUCUGCACGGCGACAAACGAUGCUGGCAGUGACCGGUCGAGCACCGUCAUAAAGGUCCGCUCCCCGCCGGAGAUAUUCAUCACGCCCAGCGACUACGUGGAGGCAGUACGCGGCGACUCGGUCACCAUUGAGUGCCGCGCCCGCGGGUACCCCGAGCCCAUGGUCUCCAUCAAGACGAGCCCGGAGAUGCGCGAGGUGGUGCCUCCGUCGCGCGGUAUGGCCGUGCUUCGAAUUCAGUCGGUGAGCGAACGUGACGACGGCAUGUACGUGUGCACCGCCUCUUCCGCCGCCGCUACUAUUGACCAGCAAAUAAUCAUCCGCGUCGACCGCGGUGACGGCGGCCUCGGAGAUUUUGAGGGCAGCGGUGAGGUCGACAUAAAUGUAGACCAACCUUCAAUUUACGAAAACAGACCGUCUAACAGUAUCGCCAUCGAAGGCAGGGACGCGCGAUUAAGUUGCAAUGGAUCUUCUGAUUUCGAUGUCGCCUGGCGCAAAGACAACGGUAGACUGAAAUACGACGUAGAAGCGCGAGGCACCGAACUCAUUAUUAAAAAUGCAAAGAAAUCUGAUUCGGGAGUGUACGAGUGUCUACUGAGGAGCCGGCAAACAGGCGAACUGCAACAAGUGACAGCGAUCAGGCUGUCUGUGAUGGCGGCGCCGCGCAUAUCGCUGCGGCCAGCCACGCAGACCGUGCAGCCCGGCCAGUCGCCCACAGUCGAGUGUGUCGUCACUGGCGACGACAUCAGAGACAUCGCUUGGAUACCCGUCAACAGGCAACCCUCUAGCCGUAUUGAAAUUCGUGGCUCCACACUGAUAUUCCGCCAAAUAGAAGUAGAAGACGCCGGCCAAUACGAAUGCUUCGCUCAGAACCCCAUCGCGAACGCCUCAGCCGUCGCCGAAGUCAUCGUUAGCGAAGAGAGUGAAGGAAGAGCCACGGAGUCGCACGAUAACGAGCAGACCGCGUACGUGGGCGCGGCCGUGCAGUUGAGCUGCAACGUGACACGACCCAGCCAGCGCAUCCGCUGGAGCAAGGACGGCAUGGCGCUGCCGCGGUCCGCACGACAGAAUGACGACGGCUCGCUCUUCAUACGGCUCGCGCAGAAGUCCGACAGCGGACGCUAUAUCUGCAUCAUUUACGAUCAGUACGGCAGAAAGACUAGCAAUUACAUCAACCUGCACAUCGAGGGUGUUGAAUGCUUGAGAUCACAAUUUCGAUGUCAUGAUGACUCCGGUUGCAUAGAGAAGAUGCUACUGUGUGACGGAUUCAGCGACUGUCAAGAUUCUAGCGACGAAGAGAACUGCCUCUCGUCAGAUGACAGUAACCCGGUGAUCCUAUCGGACUCAGACAUGAACUCCGCCGGACCCCGAAACAAUGCUGAACUAGUGUCAAUCGAACAACCGAAGAGGCAGUACAUAGUUGGUGAAAAUGUCGAGGUCAUGUGCAAGGCAAUUUCAAGAGACAUCCGAGUAUAUUGGGAGAGAUAUGGCACAAACCAAUAUGUAGUUUCAAGGACGUACGGCGACGGCGCGCUGCUGAUUCUCCAAGGAGUGCAAGAGGCGGACGCAGGGUUAUACAGGUGUAUCGGAAGCGACCCCUAUGGAGUCACGAGCUACGAUGAUUUCAACCUCGACGUAGUGCCAGUUGCUAACAACCAAUUGAUACCGGCCGAGCCGCAGCCACAAGCGUAUACAGCUCGCCUGUGGGACUCCAUCAGACUGCCCUGCAAUCACAACCUCGAACAACCUGUGAACAUCGAGUGGACAAAGGAGUACUCUCAUCUGCCUAUCAACGUCAGAAUUAAUGAACCCGUUCUAGACCUGGACAGCGUGAGUGAAACCGAUGCUGGCACCUACAUUUGUCGGGUGAGCAAUAAUCGAGCGGCUGUCGAGGCGCGCGCCAUCUUGCGGGUAACGGGUAUCGUGCCGCGGUUCAACGGAGACAGCUGGCUUGCUCUGCCCAUGAUAAAGGACGCCUACAUGCAAUUCGACAUCGAGAUCUCAUUCAAACCAAGUGAUAACAACGGUCUUGUUCUGUACAAUGGUCAGAAUUUGGACCGCAGCGGAGACUACUUGGCACUACAGCUGAUAGAUGGCGUGCCCACUUUCGUGUUUGAAACUGGCAGUGGCCCGGUUUCCGUGUCCGGUGACCGGCCACUUCUACUCAACACCUGGCACACUAUUAGAAUCAGUAGGACCAACUCUAAAGUUUCUAUGGACGUGGAUAAUAAGGGUCCGUUCACAUCUGAGUCAUCCCAGCAAUGGGACGUGCUGGACCUGAAGCAGCCGCUUUAUAUCGGCGGUGUACCUGACCCUAACCAACUGCCGGCAGAUCUCGCCGGUGCAUCAGGCUUCAUCGGGUGCGUGAGCAUGCUUAUUCUCGGGCGUGAGGAGAUCAACAUGAUGGCUGACACUACCAGCCAGAACAACCUGCAGGAAUGCGACUCCUGCGUACCCAAUGUCUGUCUCCACGGCGGCGUGUGCCAGGAGGCGCGCAACGAGCGCGGCUACGUGUGCCUCUGCCCAGCCGGGUACGCCGGCCUGCGCUGCGACCGCACGGGCGAGGCAUGCCGGCCUGGGCUCUGCGGCCCCGGUCGCUGCACGGAUACCGCUGACGGCUACAAGUGCGCUUGCCCCGUCACGUUCACCGGCAAAAACUGCGAACAAAAGCAAAACAUCGAAUAUCCUGCAUUCACGGGGAGCGCGUUCCUAGCUAUCAGACUACCAAGGACGUCGCGUCGCUACUUCCGUAUGUCGAUGAAGAUCAAAGCGACGCCGCCGGUGAUCGACGGCAUCAUCAUGUACUGCAAGGCGCGCGGCGGAGGAUACACCGCACUUUCCGUGCACAACGGAAAACUGGAGUUCCGAUUCGACCUAGGCGAUGGAAGACCAGUGGUCCUGACCAGUAACAAGACACUUGAUGUGAACGAAUGGACGGACGUACACGUCGCGCGAGUCGGUGCUGAUGUUUCUAUGAAAAUCAACAUGAUUGAUACAUACGAACAGAAACUCGCAUCUAACAAAACGGAUGUGGUCCUUGACUCACCGAUGUACGUCGGCGGCGUGGACGAGUCGAUAACCUUGGACAACAGUACUGGCGUCAUCGGAGGAUUCAGUGGCUGUAUUAAAGAAGUUCGCUUGAACCAGGGAGAUCAGCUAGACAUUGUGAACGCAUCUAUCCAAUCAGCUAAUAUUCAAGAAUGCCCCAACGAUGUUCGCGGAGACAUUCCUGAGGUGUACAGCGUGUGCAGCCUGUGCCGUAAUGGCGGUAGGUGCACGUCGCUGGACGCAACAGCUUGCACGUGUCCCCCGGGUUUCUCCGGCACAUACUGCGAGAACCGAUCCUCGUACCGCACGCCGUACACCGACCCAUGUGCCGCGCGCCCCUGCAGGAACGGCGGCAUCUGCAAACUUGACCGCUCCUCCAAAAUGAACUACACCUGUGACUGCACUCUAGGCUUCGCCGGCGCCAAUUGUCAGAUGCCGCUUGAACUGUUGGAGAGCGUCGGUUUCAACGGCAACGGGUACCUGGAAUUACCAGGCAGCAUGUUGAGCUACGAGAACUUAGACAUGGAUCCCGCGGUGAUGGCGCUCGCCAUUAACACCAACUACGACGGAGUCUUACUCUACCACCAUGAGGCUCAAGCACCGCCAAACUCCGGAGAUUAUGUUCUCAUCAGAAUUGAAAACGGAGUGGUCGUGAUGGAGUGGGACAUGGGCAGCGGACUGAAUGAAGUGCGUAUCGAAAACGUUCAUGUCACCGAUGGCGAACGUCACGAGAUUAUCGCCAAACUGAUGACUGAGAACCAAGCUUACCUCUCAGUCGAUGGAACCACUAAGAUAGCACAAUCCAACGGAUUUGCUAACGUUAUGAGUGCUGAUUCUAACGUCUACAUAGGUGGUAUACCGGACCGUUUGAACUACAACCGGUACCCGGGUCUGGUUGGUUGCAUCGAACAAGUCGAGCUGAUGGACAUGGAUCGUGGCAUCAAACUCGGUCGCACUGCGGUCGCCGGCAGAAACACCCAGCGAUGCAGGGAGUGACGGAUCGCUUUAAGGAGAUCGACCUAAAUAAUGUUAAUCAAUGAUAAGUCAAUUUAAUGUAUUUUCUGCAAUUUGUGUACCUACUGUAAUCUCUUGCGUUGCCAGCGACUAUCUCAUGUCAGUUGUUCAAAUAUAUAUUUACCAUUUUAGUAUAUAAAUAUCUCUCGAUUUAACAAUCAGUUUACUUAAUUCAUCGGUUAGUUUUUUUUUUGGUGAACUUUACAGAUUGAUAUUUGUUACAUUAGUAGAGAUUUUAUUGAUAUUGUGUACCGUUUUAUCUAGUAUUAAGUGGACUUCAUCGUUCUGGACAAUACUGCUAGCUUAGUAUUUAGAUAAUAAAAAUAUUAUUGAAUAUUAAUUAUUAUAUAUUAAUAUUAUACUAUCCAAUGUUUCCGUAUACUGCGUCGGUGCUGUGAGGAGUUGUUCUGGUGCCAUAAGAUUGAAUCAUUACUAUUAUUAGGCUUAGGGUAACUACGCUACUAAUUUCUUUUUAUCUCCUUGCAUAUGUUAUACUAUCACUCGCCUACUGAGCUUUGUUUUUUUACUUUU